AUGGCGGUGCAGACCGCUUCCAAGAAGCUGGCCAAGCAGGAGUGCAUUUUCCCGGUGGGCCUCCCGGAGCAGGGCUACUUCGACUGGGUGGAUCAGUUCCUGCAGAAGAACCCGGGAUACGUGGAGCUGAGCGACCGGAAGAUCAUCGAGUGGGCGUCUAAGAGCGGUCUCACCAACAAGGCCCGGAAGACCUCGGGGGACAAGCCGGAGCUGGGCUUCGGGGUCCCGGCGCUGGACGACGGCUCGGUGCAGCGGGUGCUGGCGGCGGUGGCCCCCGCCCUGGCGCGCUCCUUCGUGGUGCCGGAGCUCAAGGCCAACCUUGUGCCUGCCGAGCGCAAGGCCUUCCUCACCAAGUUCGUGCCGCAGGACUUCGCGCGGAAGGCGGUGGUUCUCAUGGGGGAGCCCACCAAGGAGUACAAGGACAAGAUCCAGGCGCUCAUGCUGGAACAGAAGACCGUGAAGGCUGAGGCCGAGAGGAAGCGCAAGGUCCAAGAGGACGAGAGGAAGAGGCUGAUGGAGCUGAAGAAGAAGAAGGCCAUGGAGGCGAGGAUGGCCAAGGAGAAGGACUCCAAGGAGGCCGAAGAGGCCAAGCCCGAGGAGGCGGAGGACGUGAAGAUGGAGGAGGAGCCCUUGGUCGUGGAGCUCACAGAGGAAGAGAAGGCCAUGGCUCAUCGCAAGAUGGAGGUGCCGGACCUCACGGACCGUGACCUGGCCAAGUCCUACGCCUCCUUCGCGCUGCCCAGCAGCGAGGAGGGCUUCGACGAGGUCAGCUUCGCGUGGUCCAAGGACUGUGAGAAGAUCCUCAAGGAUUGGGUUCUCUCCAAGAAGCUCACCUCGAGGGCGGAGGACCUGGCGCCCGGCGUCGCCUUUAAGGAGGCCUGGCAGAAGUGGCAGAAGACCCAGCAGGAGUGGCGCCGGGCGCAGUCGGAGUGGAAGGACCCGGCCAAGCGCAAGGCCGCGGCAGCGCGGAAGGCGGCGGCGGAGAAGAAGAAGUUGGAGGAGGAGAAGAAGAAGCUCAUGGAAGCAGGAGACGAGGACGCGGCCAAGGCGUUGGAGGAAGAGGCGAAAGCCAAGAAGGAGCCAGUGGAGGUGGACUUCGAAGAUCUGGACGUCAUGGCAGUGACGGACAUCGCAGACCUGGGCAACGGCCAGCCCCUCUUCGCCAACUUCGCCUAUGAGGACUGGACGCUGCUGUCCACCCGCUAUGAGCUGCAUGUGCUGCUGCACUCCUUCAAGAAGGACCUGGACGACCCCGACCGUCCCAGCUUCUCAGAGAAGCAUCUGGGGUUCUACUACCAGAAGUACUUCAAGAAGAGCUGGAACUUCUCCCUCUUUGGCCUUGAGAAGUUCGAGGACUUCCUGGACAUCAUUCGCGACACUUUGAGCGUGGAGAAUGGCUUCCUCAAGGCGGAGAAGCCCGAAGACACGCCCUUGGAGGACUUCGUGAAGUUCACCGAGGAGCACCGAAGGGAGCGGGAGCGGCGUGUGGACGCGGGCGACGAGACGGCCAAGCUGAAGUUCACCAGGCCAGCUGUGCCCCGCCAGGAUGGCAAAGGCCCGGCCAAGGGCGCCGGCAAGGGCUCCGCAGGAGCCACCACGCCCCGAACCAGCUACGGCUCCUCCAGCUAUGGCAACUCGGGCGGCGGCUACGGGGGCGGAAGCUCCUACCAAGGUGGCAGCUACUCCUCGCAGAAGCGGAGCUACACGCCAUCCUCCUAUCCUCCGGCCAAGCAGCCCCGAACCUCCUAUGGCUCCUAUGGAGGAGGCAACGGCGGUGCCAAAGGCGGCAGCUCCUACUACAACAGGAAGUGAGCGGUUGGCAGUUUUGGCGCCACACGACGCGGAAGACGGGAAGACCCACCUCUCUGUUUGGAAUUUAAGGUUACAAUUGCAAGUUGCUGAGUUUACCGAAAGUCAUCCCGUUUGCUACUGUGGAUGGCGAUACACGUUUUGAGGUAUGUAAAUAUACAUAUCAUAUACACGUUCGGGACAGAACGCAGCUACUGGAGAAGAUCGGGCGCGGAAAAGUCA